UAUAUAUAUAACCACACUACCAGACAUCAAAAUUCCAAGCAUUCCUGUACCUAACUAAGAAUUGGCCUAUCAGCAUCCAUGGCAGAGCUUGAGAAUCCAAGUGUGAUGCCAAAGGUGGUAGCUUUCCUCUCUUCUCUGCUCAAAAGGGUAGCUGAAUCCAAUGAUCAUAACCAGCAACAACUCUUGCAUCAGAAGAUCUCUGUCUUCCAUGGAUUAACAAGACCAACCAUAUCAAUUCAGAGCUAUCUUGAGAGGAUUUUCAAGUAUGCAAAUUGUAGUCCUUCUUGCUACAUUGUUGCAUAUGUUUAUCUUGAUCGAUUCACUCAGAGACAACCCUCUUUGCCAAUCAACUCCUUCAAUGUUCAUAGGUUACUAAUUACCAGUGUUAUGGUAGCUGCUAAAUUCAUGGAUGACAUGUACUACAACAAUGCUUACUAUGCAAAAGUUGGAGGAAUCACCACAAUAGAGAUGAACUUUCUUGAGGUUGACUUCUUAUUUGGUUUAGGGUUCCAUUUAAAUGUGACACCUGGCACAUUCCAAGCAUAUUGUGCCCAUCUCCAAAAAGAAAUGCUUAUGAUGCAACCUCAGCUGGAUUUUGAAAAUUCUUCUUCCCUAAGUUUAGGAAAAUCUCUAAAAACCCAUUUGUGCUUCAAUGAUGAUGAAUCUUCCCAUCAAAAUCAACAGCAGCAACAACAACAACAAUUAGCUGUUUGAUAUUUUAAAUUUUAUUUUCAUGCAUUUUCUCAAUGCUUGUGUAGUAUGUAGUAUAUUGAUUAGUUGUAGUUGAAGAUGUAGUAGUGUGACAAUGCAAUUACAUAUUGGCAAAAAUUAAUUAUAAUUUAGUUGUGGACUACUUUGCUAAUUUGCUUACUUCUCACAUUCUCUAUCCAAUUCUUUCUU